AUGGUAUGGCUGAAAUCUCUUGGGGACAAGGGUGAAGUGAGGGGUAGUCAUGUAGUGAUAGCUUCUCCUGCCCCAGCCUUCCAGCUGGUAAGCAACAGCAAGACCUUCUAUCGGGUGGAGGAGCCGCGGACCUGGAAAGAGGCCAUGUGGUACUGCCAGGAGCAUUACACAGACCUCGCUGACCUGCAGAGCGUUAACAGCCCAGUGAACAUCAUGGUGGUCUACUCCUACACCAGCAGUACCCAGGCACGGAUUGGCCUCUUCUACGAUGUGCACAUCUCUGGCCUGAGCUGGUCCAGUGGCUCUGUCUUUACCACCCCAAAGUGGAGUGCGCUGCCUGUCUUCCGGGAUGGCCUCUGUGCUACUCUGUAUUCAUGGGCCAUGGUUCCUGCCCUGGGGGCUGCCUCCUGCGCAACUCAGAAGCCCUUCAUUUGCUAUUAUGACCCUGCUGAAGGACACCACAUGUCCUUAGUGACUACUCUUGCAACAGAAGCUGAGGUCGAGAUUGGUGGAUGGACCUUCAUUCGGAUUAAACAAGCCAUGUCGUGGCCCUCAGCUCUGACCUACUGCCGCAACCACUACACAGACCUGGCCGAUCUGCAGAGAGUGACCAACGAGAAGGACAAACAAAUCCUCCAGUCCAUCACAAGCAAUGUCGAUGCCUGGAUUGGCCUCUACUUCAGUGCAAAGAUCAACAAUCUCACCUGGUCCAGCGACUUGGGGUCUAGCAUUCCCGAGUGGCUUCAGAAAAUACCUUUGUUUGGUCAAGGACUGUGUGCAGGACUCCGUAUCUUUUCAAACGGCCCCCCUGAGAUUUAUGCACUACUUUGCCAUGAGCAGAAACCUUUUAUCUGUUUCUGUGACCCCUCCAUGGGCCAUCGGAAGUUGGCAGAGAUGCCUCUACUCACUGCUACGUCCUCCCCCAAAGUGACUCACCCCUCAGAAGUUACUGCAAGGACGACCCCUAGGCUAAACACAGGGACCAGCACUGGCCCCACAGUUGCCUCCCAAGAGAUGGUUCCAGCAAUCUGGAUGAGUUCGCAAGCGACUCAACAACCAACUGACGUCAGCUCUGGCACCUGUGAUACGACCACUCCUGCCCCCACCACCAUGGGCCUUACAGCUUUCCAUUCUCAAGGGACGGUCUCAAUAAGUCCUCUGGCAACCCCGACGCCUUCAGGAGAAAGACAUAAGCUUUUGGAUGAAGAAAAGAGGGCUGGUGGAGAAGAAGGCCCACCAGGAGAGAACGGGCUGGAUCCAAGAAGCCUUAAAGCUUGUAUUAGGUCACGAGGAAUUCACAUUGAAAUGGGUCGGCUACGAAGUAAACAAAAAAUAGCAAAUAUCCGCUAA